UGGGUGUAGACGGAACGGGGCGGGGGGGAGACUGAGUUGGGCUGAGUUGAGGGGUGAAGUGAACACGUCGCUCCAGUUAACCCUACCAGGGCGGCCUCACUGGGAAAGGCAGGCGUGCCUUGGAAAAGCGCACGCGCCACAAAAGAGGCCGGUUGCGCCUUCUGGCGUGCUGUCCGCAGCUUUGCCUGAGGAGAAGCCGAGAGACGGGGUUACCAUUGGCGGCACCAGGAAAAAAAUGGGGGCGGGGUGUCACAGAAGGGGCAAAGUGCAUGUAUGGCUAGGCGAGCUGUGUCCCACAUGUUGAUUUCUGAAUCGGAAAUGAUGGUGCUGGGCAAGCUGUUUGUCUGAGGGGGCGUUUGGCACUCCCACUCCGCUGCCCAUUACCGGCUGAGAUGCCCAGACAAUUUCCGAAGUUAAACAUUUCAGAGGUUGAUGAGUCGGUGAGACUUCUAGCUGAAAAGGUUUAUGCCAAAGUUCUUCGAGAAGAAGACAGCAAAGAUGCCUUGUCACUAUUCAGCGUGCCUGAGGAUUGCCCCAUUGGGCAGCAAGAGGCGAAAGAAAGAGAGCUGCAGAAGGAACUGGCAGAACAAAAGUCUCUGGAGACUACAAAAAGGAAGAAAAGUUUCAAGAUGAUUCGAUCCCAGUCCUUGUCAUUACAAAUUCCAUCGCAGGAAUCAAAACCUCCAUCGGCCACUCCAGUUCUAUCUCCUCCUACUCCAGUUCUUCCAGGAGCUUUUCAGCCUAUUCAAGGGACGUAUGAUGUUCCAGAAUUUCAAAGAGUUACUAUUAGUGGAGAUUAUUGUGCAGGGGUUACAGUUGAUGAUUAUGAACAGGCUGCCAAGAGUUUGAUAAAAGCUCUGCUCAUUAGAGAGAAGUAUUGUCGUCUUGCUUACCAUCGUUUUCCAAGGACAACAGCACAAUAUUUAUGCAGUAUGCAAAAUGAAAAAUGGAAGAUGGAAGAUGAAGUAUUUCCAGAUUUCCAUCCACCUCCAAAAGAACUGCAGGAUCCUUACAGUCUUGAUGAUGCUCCAGGGAACUUGGAUUAUGUUGUAAAGAUGAAGGCUGGCAUUUUCUUAGUUUUUGACAACAAAGAAAUGAUGCAACUUGAUGAGCCACAGAAUCUUCCUUAUGUUGAUCUACAGACCUACACUCUUGACCUCAGUCAUGUGCUGGCUCUCAUUGCAGAUGGUCCAACCAAAACAUAUUGCCAUCGACGUCUUAACUUUCUAGAAUCUAAGUUUGGAUUACAUGAGAUGUUAAAUGAAAUGUCAGAGCUUAAAGAAUUGAAGAGCAAUCCUCAUCGGGAUUUUUACAAUGUGAGAAAGGUUGAUACUCAUAUCCAUGCUGCUGCCUGCAUGAACCAAAAACAUUUGCUGAGGUUCAUUAAACAUACUUACCAAACUGAGCCUAACAGGAUAGUGGCAGAGAGAAAAGGCAAGAAGAUGACUUUAAAACAGGUGUUUGAAAGCCUCCAUAUGGAUCCCUAUGACCUCACUGUAGAUUCUUUAGAUGUCCAUGCAGAUCGCCAAACAUUUCAUCGGUUUGAUAAAUUUAAUUCCAAAUAUAAUCCAGUUGGUGCAAGUGAGCUGAGGGACUUGUACUUGAAAACAGAGAAUUAUCUUGGUGGUGAAUACUUUGCUCGUAUGGUGAAGGAAGUUGCCCGUGAACUAGAAGAAAGUAAAUACCAGUAUACAGAACCUCGGUUGUCUGUUUAUGGACGUUCUCCAGAUGAAUGGCAGAAUUUGGCAAAAUGGUUCAUUAGGCACAAAGUUUAUUCUCCUCACAUGCGCUGGAUAAUCCAAGUCCCUAGAAUCUAUGAUAUAUUUAGGGCAAAAAAUAUUCUGCCGAAUUUUGGGAGAAUGUUGGAAAACAUCUUCUUACCUCUGUUUGAGGCCACCAUCAACCCUUUGAACCAUAAAGAGCUGCAUCUUUUCCUUAAAUACGUGACAGGGUUUGAUAGUGUGGAUGAUGAAUCCAAACAUAGUGACCACAUGUUUUCUGAGAAGAGCCCCAACCCUGAUAUUUGGACUAGUGAAAAAAAUCCUCCAUAUAGCUAUUACUUGUACUACAUGUAUGCAAACAUUAUGGUUCUCAACAAUCUUAGAAAGGAAAGAGGCAUGAGCACCUUUCUGUUUCGACCUCAUUGUGGAGAAGCUGGAUCUAUCACUCACUUGGUGUCGUCCUUUUUGACUGCUGACAAUAUUUCUCAUGGAUUACUCUUGAAGAAGAGUCCAGUUCUCCAGUAUCUUUAUUAUCUUGCACAAAUUCCCAUUGCCAUGUCCCCUCUUAGCAACAACAGCUUAUUUCUGGAGUACUCAAAAAGCCCACUACGGGAAUUUCUACAUAAGGGGCUCCUUGUUUCUCUGUCUACAGAUGACCCUAUGCAAUUCCACUAUACAAAGGAAGCACUUAUGGAGGAGUAUGCCAUAGCUGCUCAAGUGUGGAAACUAAGCACUUGUGACCUGUGUGAAAUAGCAAGAAACAGUGUACUACAAAGCGGUUUGUCAGAUAAGGAAAAACAGAAAUUUUUAGGAGUAAAUUAUUGCAAUGAAGGCCCUGAGGGAAACAACAUCCGAAAGACAAACGUUGCACAGAUUCGGAUGGCUUUCCGGUAUGAGACCCUGUGCAAUGAGUUGAGUUUCCUGGCCGAUGCAAUGAAGACAGAAGAAAUUACUGCACUGUCCAAAUAGUCACAGCUCCAAAAUCAUGACACUGCUGAAACUGUCAGGACAGAAGUGUACGAACAUAAGAAAGAACUUGAACGUCUGCAGGAGAGAGCACUGUCUGGUGAUCAGAACUCUCUCAUGUUGCAUCAGCUUUGUAGCAAAGGCAGUUUCCGCAAGCACCAAGCAUAGAUAAGACUGCUGUACAUAUUCAGAUGCAGGCUCACAACUAUAGUUAUGCUGCAUAUGGCAUUUACAAGUGCUCUCAAUCAUAAUAUUUACGGGCUUUGCACCUUGGAUAGAUAGUAUUUUGCUUUGAAGUAAGAAACAUGGGGACAGCAGCUUCUGGUAGCACACAUGCACCUCUUUUGUCAUGCCAGGUCUAACUGGCAGGCAAAAAUCUAUGGCACUUUAAUCUCUGGUGUAACCAAUUCUAUAUUAUCCCCCUUUUUCCUGGAUGAUCUUUGGCAAGGACUGCAGUGAUUUAAGGGAAGUAAACACACAUGACCAAAGAGCUACUGCAUGUUUUUCUCUGGUUGCAUAUUAUUGGAUCUAUGAAGAAACAUACUUGGUUUUUGUCUUCUCCCCUACUUAAAACUUAUUAAGGUUGCCAUCAGGAUCAUUGAGUUUGUAGUUUUAUUGAAUUUUUGUAAUGGUAUUUUGAAAACUGGCACACAAGUCCUAAAUGUUUGUGCCAGAUUACUACCAUAUUUUGAGAUGAAGUGUGGUGGAGAUGUUUGGACACUGUAUCCUAUCCUAAUAGCUUUAUUGCUGCUAUAGCGAAUCUUAGGGUUGUUAUGUUGACUUCGUUUUGAAUGUGCAACCUGGAAAAUGAACACGAUCUCUCUCUCUCUCUCUCUCUCUCAGCAUGUGGUGGUAAAUUCUAGGGACAAACUUACAAGAUCAGUUACCUUGUGAGGAGAAAGUACUGUACUUCAGAUCUUUGAUAUAUCUGUUUUAUUACAUACAGGUAUAUUGGCAAGUAAGCAGGCACAUUAAUUGCAGUUUUAAUCCUAAAGGUUUUGGCACCAAAGGUGGGGCCACAUUGGGCAGAGGCUCAAGGGCCCACACCUACACAGGAGCCCACCCAGGAUCUGCCCUGCCCUCCACCUGACUUGGUGGAGAAAUGCCAUGCAGAUCACAUAUAUCACGAUUUAUUUAUUUUUUAAAAUAAUAGAGUCAGACUUUGUAUUUUCUUAUCUGUAUGACUUAUGCAGCCCUCACCAAACAUUGGGCUUUCUCCCUGUGCCAGGUGAUAUUGCAGGGGCAUUUGAGAGAAAGCUAUUUGCCAGUGGGAGUGGGAGACCUAGGUGCUGCCACCAAAUAGAGUUGCCAUGCCCCUCAAAAUUCUGGGUUUCACUCAGAUUUUAAGCAUCAUACCCAGAUUGCUUAGCCUACCCAGAUUCGUCAGGAUUUCAGCUUUUUGUUAUUUGGUUUUUUAAAAAUAAAAGCUAAGCUCUAGCCCUCGUAGAAGUGGAGGUAUGGAGCAAAAUGUGCCAUCACUAUUCUGCUCAAAAAUCAUUUUCAAGUCAAUUUACAUAAUAUGCAAAUUAGGCACCUGGAUUUGGAAAGCCAGAAUAUGGUGACCCUACCACCAAAGGCCUCCCCCUCUGAGGGUUGAGGAGGAGGAGGAGCGGGGGGGGGGGAACUAGAGCUUCUGCUGCUACCCACCCAAUGAGCUAUGAGGGGUGUGUAUGUCUACACACCAUUUGGAGGCCCAUGUGCAUUGGGGCACUGGCCUUAAUAGCAUCAAAGGCAAAACACACAGCCUUAUAGCGCUCCCUUCCUCCUCCCCCAACUUCUACUUACAAGCAAAUUCUAACACUCAUAUUCCUCUUUUCUCCAUUUCAAAACUUCUUCUCCCUCAGAUCAAAGUCAGAGCCUGUUUUUUGCUACCACCAAGGCUGGUAUUUGUGGCAAUCCCAGCCAACCUGGAUUGCCCAUUAAUUAGCAAUCAUUAUUAACCAACGCGAAAAAUAUUAUUAACAGAAGUGGAUGGUAACCUGAUCUAAAUUGUGCAUGGCGAUCACAUUUUAUUCUUGAAGUUUGAGAUAGAAGCUUGGCCUAAUCGGGUAAAGCUUAUGUCUCAGCUAGCGAAAAAGGUAGCCAGUAAUUUAAAUUUGUAUGAUAGUAAACAUAUUUUGCAGAAUUUGUAUGACAAACCUUUUUAUUUCUGGAAUGAACAAGUUAGUAUAUUUUACUAAGGAAUACCUUAUUUAUUUAUUUUUUGGUCUUUGUCAUUUCUUCAUGGGAUACAAGUACUACUCAGCUAUUCACUUAUGCAAAGGCAAACUGAUGGUAGUGUGAAAGCUAGCUAGCUGGUCUGUUGCUGGUUAGGGAUAACUUUGGCCUAGGACCUAGCUGCUUGAACAUAGCUGUUUGUGUGGCUGUUGUUUGCAUCAGUAUGUGAUGGUUCCAAUUAUUCUUGUGUAAUAGUCAUCUUAGUACUUUGCCCAAGUGCCUCAUUGCAGAAUGGAAUGUAUGGUGGUUAAGCAUUAGGAGAGAUGGAUAAAAAGUAAAUUCAACUUUGUCAAAGGCCUGUUCACAGCUGCAAUUUGGUUGAUAAAGCCAAGAAAAUUAUACAGCAUUCCAAUCAUUUUUAUUUCUUCCAUAUUGGCACCAAACAGUGGAUAACUGUGAAUGGAUGACUUGCACCAGGCUCUGUACAACUGUGUUUUUAAACAUGGUUGAGCAGAUGCUCUGGUUUGAUGAAUGCAAGACUAUUUUCAAGAUGCUGAGUUCCAUCCAUAAACUAUUACUUGCAUGCAAUGAGACUUGCUUCCAGAUUCAUUCGUCUUGACCCAGAGAGGGCAGUCCAUGCAAGGAAGGAGGUGUUUCCUCUUUUGAACUGAGGAAACCUGUCCACAAAAAGGUUCUGUGAACACAGUUCCCAUAGUUGGAUCCAGCACCUAGAAUUAUGUGUCCAGCUGAUGGAGGCAGUAUUAUCAGCUUUGAUAAUGCCAGUCAGUCACAUGUCUGGAAGGGAGAUGCAGUGAUUGAAUCAAUGCUCUUCCCACAGGUGAUCAGCAUCAUCAAAGCUGAGACUGCCAACUACUUGUUCUCUGUGUGUGCAUGCACUGUAUGCGAUGUAGUUGUGGCAAGUGAAACUUUUGUGUUUGUGCAAGGGGAGGGACGGGCAAUUUUUAGCAAUCCCUCCUUCCAUCUCAGCCUUCUAUGAUCUUGAAAAUAUGUCUCUGAGGAAUCCUCAGGAACAUAUUUUCAGAGGGCAUAAGGGACUGCAGGAGGGAGGGAGAGAUCAAUUAAAAUUGCCCCAUGCCCCACCCCUUGCAUGAGCACAAGAGUUCCACUGACACAACUCCUAGUACAGAUGCUACUCGUGGUCUUCAAAUCAGAGCUAGUGCAUCUAGGAUCAGUCUCCUGGUUUUAUAUAUGCACAAGACUGUUUGGAAAUAGCUAUCUUUACUCUUGAAGGUUUUUUUUAAACAGUUAAAGGUUUAUAUCUUUGCACUGAUCACUGACAAGAAUUUUUUUUAAUAUUAUACACUUUGUUUCCUUUUGCUUUCUGUUGCUACAACUCUGCAAUGAUCAAACUGUACCACAGGGAUAGUGAUUUCUGUUCUCAGCCUGCAUCUCCUGUUUUGUAAUGUCUUAUUGGCUUAUAAACAAAUUUAACAUAUACUCCACAGAUAAUUUAUAUUUUAUGUUUUCAAAUCCUACUUCAAACAACAAAAAAUAUGAAUUUGUGGCAAACAGGAAAUUCUGUUAUGGAAUUAAAAGUAUGCAUGCACUGGAAAACCUC